CUGUCAGCUGCUGUUUUCUGUUGUCAUGGCAGCAAUUUUCAGCUACUUUGAGAACAUUAUAGGUAGUUUAGAGACAAUACAGUCCGGCGUGUCAUUAGAUUAAGCCUGCUAAUCUGGAUUACAGUUAGUACCUGCUGGCGAUAACUGCGACAGGCUGGUCUGACACUGUCAGUUCAACAUGAGGGAGAUGAGGAGAAACGCUGCAGAACUCGCGGUGUGAAGACACACGAGGGGCUUCUCUGAGCAGCUUGGGGAUUUGUCCUGCUUUGUCUCCAGUCUGAAGACAACCAGCCCUUUGAAGUCCCGUUUGGAUGAGAGGACGUGAACCAUGCAGGGCUGUGCUGUCGGUUCAAAGCUGCGCUUCUGGCUCACCCUGGUGUCUGGGAUGCUGGAGUGUCUGUGCUUUGCCGGCGUGGUGUUUGGAUUCGCCUCGUUGGUGUUUGUGCUGAAGGGAGACGGUUACUUCAGUGAGCUGUGCAACACUGACCAGGACAUCAACAGCAGUCUGCCGCUGACAGAUUGCACCAGUCAGGAUGAGCAGUUUUCAUUGGUUUUCACAAUUGCCUCCUUCCUGAACAACUUCCUGAGUCUGGUCAACGGCUUCCUGUUUGAUCGCUUUGGUACCUUCAUGACCAGACUGCUGGCAGUAUUUUUGUACACCACUGGAACUCUUUUUGUUGCCUUUUCCAGCCCGGAAUUGUCCCUGAUGCUUUUUCCUGCCUUAUCCUGUAUCGGUGUGGGAGGAAUGCUACUACUGAUCACUAACAUGCAGGUGGGGAAUCUGUUUCCUGCUCAUCGCUCCACCAUCAUCACCAUCUACAAUGGAGCCUUUGACUCUUCCUCGGCUGUCUUCCUCCUCAUUAAGGUCCUGCAUGAACAGGGCGUCUCUCUGCGCUCUUCCUUCCUCUUCCUGUCCUCCUGCAGCAUCAUUCACCUGACGAGGACGGUUCUGCUCAUGCCAAAAACCCACAUCCCUUACCAUCCGCCCGACGGCUACACCUACGGGGUGAACUGUGGAAAGGCCAACAACUAUGAAGUGGAGCAGAUUGAUGACAAGAGAGAAGUGACAGAGGAAGGCAGUGAAGGAGACGCUGCAACACAAUAUAAUGACACAGACACACAAAACAUGGGUGAAGGUCCAGUCCAAAGCUUUCAGAGCUGUGUGCUGUCCUGGUUCUUCCUGUGGCAUCUGGUGUGGUUGUCCAUCAUGCAGCUGAGGCUCUACCUCUUCAUCGGGACCCUGAACCCCACGCUUGAGCGGCUGGCCAACAAUGACCCCGUUUUGGUGAGUCAGUACACCAACGCUUUUGCCAUGACCCAGCUGUGUGGAUUGCUGUGCGCUCCCUGGAACGGAUUCAUCCUGGACAGACACAAAGGAAAAGCUCGAGCUGCCGGAGAAACGGAGCAGGAGGCCGACCUGCGCUCCUCCUGCCUGUCAUUGUUCCUGACCUCCCUGCAGAGCCUGCUCUUCUCUGUGUGCGCCUCCAUUCCCGUCCUCCCCCUUCAGUACCUCACCUUCGUCCUGCAGGUCCUCAAUCGCUCCUUCCUGUACGGAGGAAACGCCGCGUUCAUUAGCAUCGCUUUUCCAGCCUGUCACUUUGGGAAGCUGUACGGCCUCAUGAUGGCGCUCUCGGCCGUCUUCUCCUUGCUGCAGUACCCCUGCUUCUCUCUAGUGAAGGGGCCACUGGGAGGAGAUCCCUUCUAUGUGGACAUCGCUCUCACUCUUCUCACUCUGCUGGUUUUCAUCCAUCCCGCCUACAUCUUCAUCCACAGCCGGAAUAGAGCGCGCAGCCGAAAGAAUAACCUUCACGCGGAAGUGACAGCCGACGCAGACCGGCCGAGGACGGGCUGAGCUGAAGAAACAACCAAAAUGGUUAAACUUUCAAUUCCAGCUGAAGGACAUCCUCGAAAUCAUUCUUUUAUAGCUAUUUUAUAGCUAGAAUUAUUUUUUAUGCCAGAUAUUUCUUAAUAAAAAUUUCAGAAACA